UGUAUCCGUACCUGGAUUCUUAUCCGCGAAUCUUAAAAUUUAGAUCAUGACGAAUCCGACCUCUAGAUCCGUACCCGUAUCCGACACCCACACCCUAGUCCGAGCAACAUAGGCCAUGAUGAAGUCUUUUUUCUAAUCAAUUUAGUAAUUUACACUUGCAUUAUGAAAAGAAUUUGCUCUCUUUGUGAUUUUCACUAUUUAAACCAGCAGAGAGCGCUUGGCCAGGUUCAUAGGGAAUUUGACCUUCUAACUGAUUUCUUUCAAUCUUCAGUUAGCAUAAGAGAAAGCCAUUCUUGUUAACUCCAUAGUCAUCUCUCUCAAUACUACUGUACUGUAAUGGAUAAUGAGAUGAUGAAGGCGAUUCUGGGGACUGACUUUGAAACCUUUCUCUCCGAUCUAAUGGAAGAACGAUCGGAGGCUGAGUCCAUGCUGGACAUGAUGAAGCAGAACGAUCUCGACGCCCUUGCUCUUAAAAGUGUUAACUUUCUCAGCUGUUCCCAUGACGACAUGUAUUCUCUUGAGAAGUGCGCUUACCUCCUUUCCAGGUUGCUUAAUGUUGAUGAUGACUUAUGCACCUGGCGCAAUCUAAGCACCUCCACUCAAUCUGCCAUCAAAUCUUUUCUUCUUAAUCCUAUCAUCAAUUUUGAAGAAUCACAAUUCAUCAGCAAAGUGCGCUGUUAUACCAUUUACAGGCUGGCUGCUUCACUUCUCCCAGACAACAACUGGCCUGAACUUUUGCCAUUCUUGUACCAAUGCCUCACUGAUUCAAACAAUUGCUUCAAAGCGUCAGCUUUCUUAAUAUUUGCUGACCUAGCUGGGGACAUAGGUGAAACAAUAGUAGUCCCUUCUGCAAAAACUUUGCAUUCACUAUUCCGUAAUACACUGAAUGAUGAUACCGUUGAUCUAAAUGUGAGGAUCGUAGCCAUGAGGGCUGUGAUCAGGUUCAUUCAGCAUAUGUCAAGUUCAAAUGAAAAGGAGCGCUUUCAGGAUUUGUUGCCGGGGAUGAUGAAGACGUUGACUGACGCAUAUCUGAGCAAAGGUGAGGAGGAUCAGGUUGCAGACGAGCAACCCCUGACGCUUUUUAUAGAGUUGGCCAAGAAUGAGCCUAGGUUCUUGAGAAGGCAGCUAGUGGAUGUUGUAGCCACCAUGUUCGAUAUAGCAGAGGACGAGGGUUUGAAAGAGGAGACAACGCACUUGGCAGUUGAGUUCUUGAUAACUUUGGUUGAGGCGAAGAAGAGGGCCCCAGGCAUGAUUAAGAGGGUGCCCUUUUUUAUUAGCAGAUGUUUCGCUAUGUUAUUGAAGUUAUUACUAUAUAUUGAGGAUGACCCUGCUUGGCAUAGUGCCCUUGACGCGUCUGAUGAUACAGGAGCAACAAGUUACUACUGUAAGGGUAAGAAGUGUUUAGACCGGUUUUCUCUAGCAUUAGGAGGUAAGUCUAUAGCUCAUGUUGCCAUAGAGCAACUGUCUGCUUACUCGGCUGCGCCAGAAUGGGAGAAGCACCAUGCAGCUCUCAUUGCACUUGGUCAGAUUGCUGAAGGUUGCUCAAAGGUGAUGAUUAAGAACUUGGAGCAGGUGGUGGCUAUGGUUCUCAAUUGUUUCCAAGAUCCUCAUCCUCGAGUUAAAUGUGCAGCUUGCUAUGCAAUUUGCCGGUUGUUGGUUGACUUCUUCCCACAUUUGCAAGAAAAAUGCCAUAACCAAGUACUUCCUGCAUUAGCUGCAGCAAUGGAUGAUUUUCAUCCACGAGUGCAGGCACAUGCCGCAGCAGCUCUCUGCCACUUCGGUGUACCCGGCAAGCCAGAAACUUUGAUACAUCAUCUAGACGGAUUAGUUAACAAACUGCUUGUACAUCUAAAGAAUGGCAAACAAAUUGUCCAACAAGAAGCAUUAAAAGCAUUGUCUUUUAUAGCUGGAUCUGUUGAGGAGCACUUCCGAACCUGCUAUGAAGCUGUUAUGCCACACUUGAAAACUCUCCUGAGAAACGCAGAUCUUCAAUCUAAUCUCAUUGUUCUUUCAUGUGCAAUGGAGUGCAUAAGCUGUGUUGUGAUGGCUGUUGGCAAAGAGAAAUUUAGAGAUGACGAAAAGCAGGUUAUGGAAAUGCUUAUGUCAUUACAAGCGAAGGUGGAUGAUCCUACUACUACCAAAUACCUGCUACAUGCAUGUUGUAGAAUUUGCGAGUGCAUGGGAAAGGAUUUUCUUCCCUAUAUGAAUGUAGUCAUGCCCUUCUUACUUCAAUGUGCUCAACUUAAUACCAUCUCUAUGGAGCAGUACAAUGAAAACUAUAAAGUAGAUGCUAAUAGUAAAGAGACACUAGAGAUGAAAGCUAAAGCCUGUAGAUUGCUAUGUUGGUAUGCUGAAACAUUGAAGGAAGACUUUUACCCAUGGAUUUCCCAGGCCGUUUCAAUCCUUGUUCCGCUUCAGAAAUUCUAUACCCACAGACUUGUCAGGGAAUCUGCUGUUAAAGGCCUACACUUCCUGUUGCGUUCUGCUAAACUGGCUGUUGAGAAAGGGGUUGCUCAAGACGAAAGUGAGUCAUAUUUCACGAAGUUGUCAGACCAUAUAAUACUGGCUUUGGUUGAAGCUUUGCAUAAGGAGUUUGAGACAGAAAUGUGUGUAGUCAUGUUGAGAGAACUGAAUGGUUGUCUGCAGAUUUGUGUACCACUUCUCAAUGAAGCACAGGUUCGUAGCAUCGUGGAUGAGAUAAAGUAUGUCAUUACAAACAGUUCAAAGAGAGAGAGAAAACAAGAACUCAAAGAGAGAGCGAAAAUGGAAGAUUUCGAUGCUGAGGAAGCUGAAUUGUUGAGGGAAGAAAGCGAGCAAGAAGAAAAAGUUUUCGAGAAUGCCCGCUAUAUAUUGCGCACAUUGAUCAGAACUUUCAAGGCUUCUUUCUUGCCUUUCCUUGAUGAGUUGUCAUCAUAUUUAUUACCUAUGUGGGUAAGUUAUAACCGAUAUAAUCUUCACCUUCUAGUUUGUUUUUCAUUAUAUUCAUUUUUUCUUGCUUUUAUGAAGGCCAAGGAGAAAACAACUACUGAGAGAUGCUCAUCUAUUUGUAUCUUUGAUAAUCUUAUGGAGGAGUGCCCUGAAGCAGCUCUAAAGUACUAUGAUUCAUGUCUUCCUUUAAUUUUGGAUGCGAGCAAUGACGAAGACCCAGAUGUUAGACAGGCUGCUCUUUAUGGACUUGGGCUUUGGGCAGAAUAUGGUCGUUCUUCUUUCAAACCUUUUGUUGGAGAGGCUCUGUCAAGGAUCAAUGUAGUGAUAAUGCACUUACGUGCUCGUGAACAUGAGAAUGAAAGUGCAUAUGAUAAUGCUGUUUCUGCACUUGGUAAGAUAUGUCAGUUCCAUGGGGAAAGUUUCGACUCAGCCGAGGCUAUUCCAGCUUGGUUGAAUUGCCUGCCUAUAAAAGCGGACUUGGAAGAAGCAAAAGAUGUUCAUACACAGUUGUGUUCAAUGAUCGAAAGAUUUCUCACUCGCAGGUCAUACGGAGAACUUUUGGGUCCCAACUAUCAAUACCUUCCAAAAGUUGUUUCAGUUUUCAUAGAGGUUCUAUGUGCUGGAGAGGUUCUUGCCACAGAAGACACUGCAAAACGUAUGAUUAAUCUUUUGAGGCAUUUUCAGCACACACUUCCACCAGCUACGUGGGCGUCGGCACAGUCCUUGUUAUUGCCUGAACAGGAGAUGGAGUUGGAAUCCAUUGUAUCACCUGAGGAAGAUGUUAACAUUUCAAUCGAUGCAAUGAAGUUACUAGUCUUGUGAACUUGUGGGAGUCAAACAUUUUGAUGCGAAAUUGCUGAAGGUGGAAAAAGGACAAGAAGAUCAGUAAUACAUUUAGCAGUGUACAGCCACAUUUAUCAUGUUAGAGUUUGUAUUUUGAAUGUGGCAAAUACAUCAGUGUACUCAUUCUUGACUUACUAAUAUGAAGCUGAUGAAAUGUAGCAUUCAGCAAAAAUCAAUUCCUAGUCGGAUACUUUACUGUUGCACUUCUGAAAUUGUAGGAGUCUAUAUCCGAAAUUUCAAGUCAUUUAGGCUUAAUUUGAA